AUGACGUCGCAAGCAUCGAAUGUGCUUAACGAUGAGCUACAAGAGCGCCGGCGCAUAGAGCUUGAAGUGAUAAAAAGCAUUAUGUUGGACGACUUUUGUGUCCAUACGCCCUCUGCGUGGCACAGCGCGCCAUCCACACAAGUGCAAACGUAUGAGGCUGUAUUGCGGCCGGAAAUAGACGCACAGAAGAAACAUGUAUCUGUUGUGGUGCGAUUUGUUCUCACCCGACUCUAUCCCAACACACAGGCUACAUGCUACGUUCAGGUGAACGACAAGCGUACACGAGGCGUGCCCCUGUACAAUCUUAAAGAACUGGAAGAGCGGAUGAAUGACAUGGCUCGUUCACUGAGAGGCACAGAAAUGAUCUGGGAAUUAAUUAACAUGUCUCAAGAAUAUAUCAGUGCUCACAAUACGGCGCCUCCCGAGGGUACGCGUGCGAAUCUGAGCCUCGAGGAGCUUAUGCGGCAUCGUGCGCUUGCCGCAGAGGAGAAAGCCAAAUUACGUACACAAGAAGAAGAGCAGCAGCGUAAUGACGAGGAACAGAAGCGUUCUAAUGAACUUGCCCAGAGAAUCGAGCAUGAAACGCGCCGGCAAAAGCAAGUCAUCAAGACAGAAAUCAAGCGGCUUCGUGACACGCCUCAUUUUUCCCUCCCGCCAACAACUGAGCCUGGUACGGGCGAGCCUCUUCGUAAGAAUGACGAUGCUGCAUUUCGUAUAAACACACUCCUGCUCCAUGAACCCGUUCACAUUGAUGGAAUGGACAUAGAGCGCGUGCGGCGUGGUCCCUGUGUUGCACAUGUACCACUGGCGCGUACGUUCCUCUGCACGCCAUUUGUGUCUGAAGACACUCUACCUAGUGACGUUUUGUGGACGCUGGAGAUUGUGCCUAUCUCAUCUACAUAUUACAUGACUCACGCAGGUCAGCGCAAACUGAGUGAGUUUGAGUAUGAGCUAACGCGGUUGCGUGGCGUACACGCACCAGCGCUCGUGCCCCUGCUAGGCUGGAACCGCCGGACCGGGCAACGUGACGAUGCACCUUCGUCCACUUCCUCGUGCCCUUUAUCCUUAUGCUUAGUGCAUGAUUAUGGUGGGUCGAUGCAGCUUCGCACGAUGCUUCAACAAUACGGUACCCUGCCCUGUCGACGUGUUCGGCAGAUUCUUACAUCCUUGUUGCAGGCAUUGGACGCUCUGCACAAGCACAAACUCACACACCAAAGUAUCUCGUUAGAUGCAUUUUUAUUUCAAGAUGGGCAAGUGCGUCUUCAUGGCACGUUAUACCGCCAGCGGCUUCGUGAUAUGCACCGUUCAAACCCUUUGAAUACACUCGAUGGAAUGGAGACUGAUGAGCGCGCGUCGAUGAUGGAUGGAUGGCGUGCGCCGGAAAGUCUUCGAAACCCACUGAUUUAUUCGGCUGCUCGCGACGUGUGGGAUCUUGGAAGAUGCGCAUGCCAGAUGCUGUAUGGAGAGCAUGUGACGCAGCAGUUUGUCUCGCCUGAAGCGCUCUUUGAGACGCGUGUAUUGAAUUCUGAUUCUUCGCCGUUUCUGGCUCUGCUCCAAGCCAUGAUGCGUCGCUCUGAACCGGCAACGGGUUUACGACAUCGCAACUGCUGGAGAAACUUGAUCAGCUUUCGACGAGCGCGCCUGUAA